AUGACCGCCAAGACAGCUUCGGCAACGAAGGCUGGGAAUAUGCAUUCACCGAAACUGGUUAAAGAAUCAAUUCCUGCCCCAUCACCGGGCCCUGGACAAGUGCUUGUCAAAAUGUCUCAUGUAGCUCAAAACCCUACAGAUGUUCAAUCUUUUGACAGCAAUGCUUUUGGCGACAGAACCGUGCUGGGCUGUGAUUUUGUCGGGGAAGUGGUUCAAGUUGGCGCGGAAGUGACGCGAUUGACUAAAACCAAGGGACUUGGUGCAUACAGCGAGUACUGCUUGGCCGACCAGCAGAUUGCUUUCAAAGUGCCUACAACUCUCUCUCGUGAAGAUGCUAGCACAGUUCCUCUCGCAUUAUCCUCCCCAGAUUAUCUCAAUCUCAACCGUACAAAAGCACAGGGUACAAGUGUGCUGGUAUGGGGAGCCAGCGUUGGUCUGUACUCUAUUCAAAUCGCCUCUCUUUAUGGAUUCGAUGGAAUCACUACACAUAGUCCCUAUAAUGCAGAACUAGUGCGAUCAUAUGCCGCCCCCAAUAUCUACCAUGUUUUUGACACUGUUGGAAAUCAAGGUUCAUCGCCGACGGCUUCACAAGUGUUCAGAGAUCCCCAAGGCUGCAUCUGCACAGUGCGGCCUGGCAAAGCAAAUACUGAGGGAGCCUCCGAGAACGCCCAUGUCACGGACGUUUUGGUGUGGACGGCAUCUCUCAAGGAACACAGAUAUGGAAAGCUCUAUUGGCCGGCGUCUGAAAAGGAUCAUGAGCUAGCGAGUGAACUGUUUGUGAAACUAGGUCCGUGGCUUGAUGAGGGCACCAUCAAGCCGAAUGUUACAAAGGUGCUUUCCGGAUUGGACGCUAUUUCUGGUGGUUUCCAGAAAUAUAGGGAUGGGAAAAUCUCAGCAUAUAAGCUUGUCUAUCAGAUAUAA